AACAUAUAUAUUCGGACAUUUGCAUUGAGUGAGAGAGAGAGAAAGCAGAGGAGAAAGGUGUGAAGUAGUAGGUGCGUGUGUGUAUUCACAGUUAGUUCAGAGUUGAGAAUCACAGAGGAAAAUCUGGUGAGGAGAUGGAUUCUGAUUUCGGAAUACCAAGGGAGCUUUCUGAUCUGCAGAAGCUUCGAUCUCAGUACCAGCCCGAACUCCCGCCCUGCCUGCAGGGAACUACGGUACGUGUAGAGUUUGGUGAUGCAACCAUAGCUGCAGAUCCGUCCGGCGCUCACACCAUAAGUAGGUCUUUUCCUCACACUUAUGGUCAACCUAUAGCACACUUCCUGAGGGCAACUGCUAAGGUUCCUGAUGCUCAAAUAAUUACCGAGCAUCCCGCAGUUAGGGUAGGAGUGGUUUUCUGUGGUAGACAAUCUCCUGGAGGACAUAAUGUUGUUUGGGGUCUUUUGGAAGCUCUAAAAGUUCACAACCCCGAAAGUGUUUUGCUUGGAUUUUUGGGUGGUUCUGAAGGUUUAUUUGCACAGAAAACUUUGGAGGUUACUGAUGAGAUUCUUGCAACCUACAAAAAUCAAGGUGGUUAUGAUUUGCUGGGACGGACAAAAGAUCAAAUUAGAACAACUGAGCAAGUAAAUGCAGCACUUAAUGCAUGCACAGCUUUGAAACUUGACGCGCUCGUCAUUAUUGGAGGUGUGACAUCAAACACAGACGCAGCCCAGCUUGCAGAAACUUUUGCAGAAAGGAAGUGCCCGACCAAGGUGGUGGGAAUUCCUGUUACUUUGAAUGGAGAUCUUAAAAACCAAUUUGUUGAGACAAAUGUGGGUUAUGACACAAUAUGUAAGGUUAAUUCCCAGCUUAUUAGCAAUGUCUGCACUGAUGCACUCUCGGCAGAGAAGUAUUAUUAUUUUAUCCGACUCAUGGGGCGGAAGGCAUCUCAUGUUGCACUGGAGUGCACACUCCAGUCUCAUCCCAAUAUGGUGAUUCUUGCUGAAGAGGUGGCUGCAUCAAAGCUUACACUUUUUGACAUCACUAAGCAAAUAUGUGAUGCAGUUCAAGCUAGGGCUGAACAAGAUAAAUACCAUGGCGUCAUCCUAUUGCCAGAGGGGCUCAUAGAAAGCAUUCCUGAAGUCUUUGCACUGUUGCAGGAAAUUCAUGGUUUGCUCAGGCAAGGUGUCUCUGCUGAUAAUAUCUCUGCCCAACUGUCUCCGUGGGCAUCUGCAUUGUUUGAAUUCCUGCCACCAUUUAUAAGAAAACAGCUCCUCCUUCACCCAGAAUCCGAUGAUUCCGCACAGCUAUCUCAGAUUGAGACGGAAAAACUCCUAGCUCAUCUUGUUGAAGCAGAAAUGAACAAACGCUUGAAAGAAGGAACCUACAAGGGAAAGAAAUUUAACUCCAUCUGCCAUUUCUUUGGUUAUCAAGCUCGGGGAUCUUUGCCCUCAAAAUUUGAUUGUGAUUAUGCCUAUGUGCUUGGUCAUAUCGCUUAUCACAUUCUUGCGGCUGGUUUGAAUGGUUAUAUGGCAACUGUAACCAACUUGAAGAAUCCUGUGAACAAGUGGAAGUGUGGUGCUGCUCCUAUAACAGCUAUGAUGACUGUUAAGCGCUACGGUCGUGGUCAUGGGGCUUCAACCCUUGGAAAACCAGCUUUGCAUCCAGCAACUGUCGAUUUGAAGGGCAAAGCUUACGAGUUGUUGAGGCAAAAUGCCAUCAAGUUUUUGAUGAACGAUGUCUACAGAAACCCAGGACCCCUUCAGUUUGAUGGUCCUGGUGCUGAUGCUAAGGCCGUAUCCCUUUGUGUCGAGGAUCAGGAUUACAUGGGCCGCAUUAAGAAAUUGCAAGAACAUCUCGACAAGGUUCGCUCCAUAGUGAAACCAGGAUGUUCCCAAGACGUUCUUAAAGCUGCUCUGAGCGCCAUGGCUUCUGUGACUGAUAUUCUCUCUGUCAUGUCGUCACCUUCGACUGGGGGUACUCCCUUCUAGAAGUACAUACUACUUCUCUUGCUACGGCAACACUUAAUGUGGUGCUAAUGCCUACCAAGUUCGUUUUGAGAUUCAGUGUUGUAUUGUCACCUAAUUAAACUAACAACAUACGAAAGUUUGUUACUCUUUAGAAGGAUCAGACGACGGUUGCGAACCCAUUUUUGUGUUCAUGGUUUCAGACUUUCUUGCUUUGUGUAACAUAUGACAUUGAGAAUAAUUUGUGAAGAGUUUCUCCGGCAAUUCGUGGAAAUUCUUUGUCUUG